UGGUGGAAGGAGUGCGGUGAAUGUUUCUGGAGAGACCCUCUAGAAAGAGGUUGGGCAACCCAGAAAUUUAGAAGCAUAUCCUUUCCUGGGCAAGGUUAAAUCUUCUCAAAUUUGAAACGGACUUAAUCAGAGUUUCACUGACCAUGUUCAAAGGUUCCAGAAUCCACAGAGUUGGUUACAAAUCAAACUCUGCAUGCCAGAACGGAACCUCUUUCUGUAACUCAGCUUUCCUGAGGUUCUCUGCCAUCAGCAAAUUAUGCCCUUCAAGCUCAGAGAAAUUUGCAUCCCAGCGGUUGCCCUCGUGUUUGGUGGCAUAGGUUUCAUAGUCUGCAACUUGACCAUCAUCCUGCUGUACUGGAGAGUGUGGCACUAUAACAGCCCCGUGAUCGUCACGAUGUGGUUAGGCCUGUGGAACUACUGCUAUCUGCCCAGAGAUCCCGCGGACCCCCUCAACACUCUCACGAAGGUCUGUGUGAAAAUGAACACAACCUGGGAUUUCCCCCUGGAGAUCACACUGAGUCAGGACUUGAUGUCCUUUGCCAGCCUUCUGGAAGGAGUUGCCCUUUUGUUUGCUCUGAUGGGACUCUCCUGUACGUUAAAGAAGGAGCCUUACCCAGAAUUCAUCAGCAGUUGCUACCAGGUGAGUGGGAGCUUUCUGACCCUGGGUUGUACCAUUGUUUUGGGCACGGUAUUCUGGAAUUUCUACUUAGAUUCCAUCAACAGCCAUUUCACUUAUCCCACUGUCUUCCUUCUGACUGACUUCCCGGUGAAGAGAGAGAUUGGCGGAGCCAUCCCGCUAGGGAUGAUAUCGUCCCUGCUGGUCUUACAGAGUGGGGCUAUCUUACUUGCCCACGGCUGUGGGGUCAAGGCAACCAGGCAAAUUCAGCCUGUUGACAUUUGAAGAGGACUCCCUCCGACAAGAUAAGUGGUCUGCCGCCAUCCAGAGAUUUCCUUUUCCAGCUUGACUGUUUUACAGCAGAUAAAUGCUUCGGAGACAGAGGAAGUGACCAACAACACCUUCAACUGGUAAUUUAGC